CUGCCCUUCUCUUCCCCAGGAGAUCCCUCUCUCCUCUCUCUCUCUCUCUCUCUCUCUCUCUCUCUCUCAUCUUUUUUUCCUCUGCCAUUUUCCAAGACACGACGAGUGAGAGGAGAGAGAGGCCUUCGUUUUUAUCUUGCCACGGCAAGGAAAAGAGUCAAGAAGACCAGUUCUUGCAGUACCCAAUUCCACCAGUACUGCUACUUGGUUAGGAAUAGGACUAUAGGAGGAGUAGCAGCAGCGACGGGGCAGAAGAGAUCGCCGUUCCUUGCGAUCCCGAGAUGGGCAUCCUGGGCUUCGGCGCUUCCUCCACCCUGCUCUGUGGGGAGGACAGGAACAGCGUCCUCGGCCUGGGCGGCUGCGACGAGUUGGCGGAGGUCGGGGGUGGCCUCGAUCUCUCGGCCGCCGCCGCCGCCGUGUUCCCUGUGGACACCGAUGAGGCCGUGAGGGCGCUGGUGGAGAAGGAGACGGAUCACCUGCCUCCGCCGGGCUAUGCGGAGAGGCUGGAGCACGGAGGAUUGGAGUCCUCUUGGAGGAAAGAUGCCAUGGAUUGGAUUUGCAAGGUCCAUUCUUACUACAACUUUGGACCACUCAGCCUUUACCUCGCCGUGAAUUACCUGGAUAGAUUCCUCUCAUCAUAUAAUCUCCCGCAUGACAUGCCUUGGAUGCAACAGUUGCUGUCAGUUGCUUGUCUAUCUCUUGCCGUCAAGGUGGAGGAGACCGUAGUCCCUCUUCCUGUGGACCUUCAGGUCUGUGAUGCGAAGUUUGUGUUUGAGGCAAGGACUAUUGGGAGGAUGGAGCUCCUUGUGCUGACCACCCUGAAAUGGAGAAUGCAGGCUGUGACCCCGUUCGCUUUCAUCAGCUACUUCCUGGACAAGUUCAGUGAAGGGAGGCUGCCGAGUUUUGCGCUGGUCUCACGGUGCUCCGAGAUCAUAAUCGGCACUCUGAAAGGCUCCACGUUCUUUUCAUUCAGACCAUCUGAGAUUGCUGCCGCGGUGGCACUUGCAGCGGUUUCUGAGAAUCAGGUUGUUGGCUUUAAGAGUGUUCUUGCGGCAUCUGAAAUCCCUGUAAAUAAUGAGAUGAUUGUGAGAUGCUAUGAGCUGAUGCAAGAGCGGGCGUUGGUGAAGAAGAGAGGGCACAUCAAUGGAAGCUCUUCAGUGCCACAUAGCCCGAUUGGCGUGCUGGAUGCAGCAUGCUUCAGCUUUAGGAGUGAUGAUGCAACACUAGGAUCAUCACAGUCAAACAACAACAGUCAGGCCUCUAGUCCAGCUUCCAAGAGGAGAAGGCUAAGCAUGUCAACAAUCUGAUUAGAGCAUAUACCGUACAUAUCAGUCGUCAGUGUCACAUUGCGCUUGUUUAUGCAGUGAUCAUCUUAACCUCGGAGCUCGUCAGGGGUAACAAGUAGUGUCACAAAAGGAUCCAGUGAAGCAUUGUAACAAGCAAAGGAUGGUGGCAGAAACAAGCUAUUACCAGCUUCUUGAACUCUGAAAGAGAGAGGAGAGGAGGAAGGCUUCUUCCUCUAGCAAUUUUGUAAUUCCCUUCCUCACCCUCCUCUUUGUUUUAUUCCUUUAUUUUUACCCUAUCCGAAGGGAUCUUUGUGGAUAUGAGAUUGGAGAUGUGAGGAUGAAUGAGAGAAAUCAACAAAAAGAGAUUUUCAGUUUUGCUCCUUUGUUCUUCGUCAAUAUAAAAAAGAAAACUUCUUGUGAGAAA